UCCAACAAUGGCGGAAUCGCUGGAAAAUAGUGGUGCCUCAAUCGCUUCUUCAUCGACGGCAGGGGUGGUAGCUCAAGCACCACAAACUAGCGACGAUGAUGGCGACGAAAAUAAACAAUCCCCGGAGGAGCAGAUGGGAGGUGAAAAAUCCGACCCCGAAAUUGUGAAAAUGGAGUGCCCCGUCUGCCUUCAAACUUGCAUUCAUCCCGCGAGGCUGCCUUGCGGUCAUGUCUUCUGCUUCCUAUGCGUCAAGGGCGUUGCAUUUAAGAACCGCCGUUGUGCGAUGUGCCGACGGGACAUCCCGCCUAGCUAUCUGGAACAUCCUCAGUUGGUCAACGGGCUGCGCGAGGUGGAGAAGGCCGCCAAGGCAAACGAUGGUGCAGAACACCAGUGGUACUAUGAGGGCCGCAACGGCUGGUGGCAGUACGACGAACGCACCAGCCAGGAACUGGAAGAGUCCUAUCAGAAGAAAGAGCGGUUCUGCAAAAUUUUGGUCGCCGGGUUCCUGUACAUUGUGGACUUUGAACACAAAUGCCAGAUCCGGCAGAACGAUCCGUCCAGAAUUCGGCGUGUGAAGCGGGACUUGGCUACGAUUCCCAAGAAGGGUGUGGCCGGGUUAAGGUUGGAAACGAAUGAUUUGACUGCGGGAGCGACGCCUAGCUCCAACUCGGAUGGAUCGUUGAAUUCGGAUGAUCUCCAAGCGGAAACCAACCUGCUGCAGAUGCACCGGAACAUCGUGGUUGACGAGGCGGAAGAGGAAGAACUAGAGGAGGAAGUGCGUCGCAUCAAUUUGGACGGGAGCUUCAGCAGUGAUACUAACAACAGCGCCAACAAUUCUUUUGGGGAGGACGAUCCGAUUCCGGGAAGCUCCUCUGGAGCAACCGGCGGCGGCGACAUGGAAUUGACCGAAGCGAUCAAUAAUUUGAAUGCACUGACGCUGCGAGAGCAGCAACGAUCGAAUGAAAGGGUAGGGGAACCGAUUACGAUUAGAAGGCGUAUUGUAACCGAUCUCCUCGCGUUGAGCGAUAGCGAUGAUGAUAACGAGGAUAACGAUCACAUUAUCCUGUAGACUGUAGACAGAAGUUCAUUUAUUAGACUUGGUAGCUGUGUAGAAGAUCGUAGUGUUUUAAGCAGGCAUUUUAAGAAGCACGAUUAUCCUACAACUUACUUUCAUUUUCCGUCAUGUUUAAUACAAUUGGCUUAUGAUAAGAAGCAUUUGCGGCGAAUUUACGCAUAAAUCGAAUUCCAUUACUUUAUUCUUUAAAAAUGUGCAAUUUCGACAUUUUCUGGAUAUUACCCCACAGGAAAUACAUCACUACACAAAACAUGAUUUUUCUUUCACUUUUUCAAUAAUUGUUUAUAUUAUAUUAGUUCAUAAGAAGUACGAUUUAUAAUUAUACGCAAGAAAACUGUGCUCUCAAAUAUUUUUUAAGUGAAUAGCUAUCUACAUAAGUACGACUACUUUUCUACGCCGAAAUAAUCUGAAUCGCUGAAUAUUUUUGUUACUGCAAUUUUUUUAAUUGAUUAAUAAAGCCAACAUUUGGUUGUA